AUGCCCAAGAAGUCUGCCGCCGAGCUCAGCGAAUAUGAGUUGCAACGACAGGAAAACAUAGCAAAAAACCAAGCUCUGCUUCGUCAAUUGCAACUUGAAGCUGCAUCCGCUGGUAUCGCGCCCAAGAAACCCUCACGCGCCACUCCCGACAAGGCUGCCAAAAAGAAGAAGACGCCUGUGCAAAAAGUGAAAGAGGAGGUCCAGCCACGGAGAACGUCGAGUCGACUACGAGGCAUUGUCGCAGACAGCGAGAUUGCAAAAAGAAAAGCAGAGGAAGAGUCGGAACUGCUGGCCCAAGCCGAGCGAGCCAAACGACAGCGUGUCUCUGAGGACUUGCGUUUCUCAGAUGUCGUUGUUGCAGGAAAGGACUGGGAUCAGAGUGGCAAUUUCCUGCGACUCGUAGGACCUGCCAAUCCGGGCGAACGAACAUUCACUGCCCAAGACAUCAAGGAAACCACCGACAAGGAAUUGAAGGAGCUCCGAGAACGCAUGAGCAAUCUGGAAUUGUGGGAAGGCUUCGAACCAAAUCAGAUCAAAAUCACUCCCGAGAGAAUCUACUCUUUGGGCUUCCAUCCAACCACCGACAAAGCCCUUGUCUUCGCUGGAGACAAGCUGGGAAGCUUGGGUCUUUUCGAUGCUUCGCAGCAACUCACGCCUGGUGUAAAGAACGAAGAUGAUGACGAAGAAGACUCUGAAGAAGUCAAGCCCUCAAUAACGACACUCAAAAUCCAUACACGCACGAUAUCUGCCUUCCAGUUCUCCCCUCACGAUCCAAACGCUUUGUAUUCUGCCAGUUACGACAGCUCAAUUCGCAAACUCGAUCUCCAAAAAGGCGUAGCCGUAGAAGCCUACGCACCCAUCUCGAAAGACGAUGAUGAACCUCUGAGCGGUGUCGAGAUGUCGCAAUUCGAUCUCCAUACUCUGUUCUUCAGUACACUGAAUGGCAACUUUGGCCGUCACGACACAAGGUCCAAACCGGGCAAGGGCACCGACAUCUUCGCAUUAUCAGAAAAGAAAAUCGGCGGCUUCAGUCUCAAUCCCGCACAUCCUCACAUCUUCGCUACCGCAUCACUAGAUCGCUAUCUACGCCUCUGGGACUUGAGAAUGCUGAAAGGCGAUGGCGACGAUAAAGCCCCAGUAGAGAUUGGAGCUCACGAAAGCAGAUUGAGUGUUUCACACGCAGCUUUCAACUCGGCAGGCCAAAUCGCUACAGCGAGUUACGAUGACACGGUAAAGAUUUAUGACUUCAGCAGUGUGGGAACACUGGCUGCUGGUACAGAGUUGAAUGAAGAACAAAUGACACCAACGACUAUCAUUCCUCAUAACAACCAGACUGGUCGCUGGGUUACCAUUCUUCGUGCGCAAUGGCAACUCCAACCAGCCGACAACAUUCAACGCUUCGUCAUUGGAAACAUGAAUAGAUUCGUAGAUGUGUAUGCCUCAAACGGACAACAGUUGGCUCAGCUUGGAGGUGAUGGUAUUACUGCUGUGCCUAGUGUUGCACAGUUCCACCAGAGCAAGGAUUGGAUUGCUGCAGGAACUGCUAGUGGAAAGUUGUGUCUGUGGAUGUGA